AGUAACCGGCUUUUCCAUUACUACAUUGUGAAGCGCAAAUCAUUUCGAGUUUAAAAGGUAAAAGACAAUCAAACGAGAGAAUAGUAAGAGUGAAAAAUGCAGACAGGGAAGAACGCAGCGGCUUCCGUGAAGGAAAGUGCGGCCAACGUUGCGGCCUCCGCCAAAUCUGGCAUGGAGAAGGCCAAGGCCGGCGGUCAGGAGAAGGUAGAAAGGAUGACAGCUCAUGAUCCAGUGGAGAAAGAAAUGGCCACCGAAAAGAAAGAGGCGAGAAAACAACAGGCUGAACUGGAGAAGCAGGAGGCACGUAUGCACAACGCUGGAAGCAAACAGGCGGAGAGGGGUGGAGGGCUUGGCGGAGGAUAUGCUACGACAGGGACUGGGACCACUACAACGUAUACGGCGACGGGGGCAACGGACUACCCCACUACAAGGACGGAUGGUGUAUUGGAGUCGCACCCAGUUGGGAUAGACACUAGCACCAGGAGGGCCACAGCCCAAAAACCCCGGGUGGAAGGGGCCGGCCCUACCCAUGGAACUGGUGGUACCUAACGCUGAAAUGUGGGCAUUUGUAAGUCUUUUUAUAGGGGUCGUUUUGUGGUGGCGUGGGCAUAGCGAUAAAGUACUGUCGUAUUACGUAUAGAUGUGAUAGUUUAGUCUACUAGCUGGUCCAUAGUUUGAUGCUUGUGGUUUCUGUUUGUUCUCUCUCCUUUUGUUUGUUCCGCGGCGUGAAGGCCAGUUUGGUUUUUGGAUUGAUCUACGUACAUGUCAUCGAUCCUUAUGUGGUUAGCAGCUUGCCGCUUGCGUUUGAAUAAAAACACCAUGCCAGAUUAUCUUAA